ACAACUCAAUCCAGCAUACGAUACGAUGAGGAUGGCUUCAAGUUCAGUCCUAUGCCUUGCAAUUGCAUGGCUUCUCAUCAUGAUGAUGGCCACGUCAGCCCUAUCCCAAUCCGAUGAAAACGCCACCGUGCUCGACACAAACCGCCGUCCUGUCCAAUACGGCCUUGAGUACUACAUCAAGCCCGCCAUAACCGACUCCGGCGGCCGCUUCACCCUCAUCAACCGCAACAGCUCCUGCCCUUCCUACGUCGGUCAGCUGAACACCGACCUCGGAGAAGGCCUGCCGGUGACCUUCAUGCCGCACGCCGGAGAAGACAAAGUCGUGAGGGUGAAUAGGGACUUCAGGGUGGCGUUCUCCGCCGCCACAACAUGUGUUCAAUCAACACUAUGGAAAGUGGGAAACAGGGACCCGAAGAGCGGAAGAAGACUUAUCGUGACUGGUAGGGCCCUUAGUCGUCGUGAUUAUAGUAACUUUUUUAGGUUUGUGGAGACACAGUUCGAAGGAAUCUAUAAUAUUCGAUGGUGUCCUACGGAAGUGUGUCCUACUUGUAGGUUUGAUUGUGGGUUUGUUGGUGGAUUACGUGAGAAUGGGAAGAUUCUGGAGGCUUUAGAUGGUUUUGUUCUUCCUGUCGUGUUUGAGAAAAGGACAUAAUCGUCAUGAUCAUUAUAGUUUUCUGAAUCAAAGUUGUUAAAACAUUUCGAUGAUUAUUAUAAGCGGAAUAAGUGUUGGGGCCUGUUAAUUCAUCCUUAUAGGAUAAUACGAGGAUGAAACAAAUAUGUUCUGUUUCUUUAUUGUUGAAUAUCAUAAUAAAGAUCUAAAUUAUCUUUUAUAGUCUAA